GGAGGGAGCGGGGUGUCCCCACCGGCUCGCUAUCAGCCGCUGGAACCAGGGAAAAGGGGAAGGCCGUGCCUGGGGACGAGGCGAUAACCCGGGGGAUGCGGUGGAGCGUAAGCCCGGAGCCCGGCACAGUCCACCGCAGCGCCGCUCGCCAUGGAGGGACCCCGCCGUGCCUGCCUCCUCCUCUUCAUCUUAUGCCUGCUCCCGCCGCCGGUCGCCCUGGGCCCGCCACCGCCGCCAGAGGAAGCCCGAGAGCCGCCGCCCGGCACCGCUGACCCCGCCGCCCACCUGCUGCGCGGCCGCCCCUCGGCCCCGGUGCGUCCAUACAGCCUCUCGCUCUCCCCCGAGGACUACCGCUACUCGCCCAAGCCCCGGCACCUGCGACCCGGGCGGCUGCGCCGACUGUUGGGCUCGGCCUUCGACCCCUUCUGGAUGGCAACCGAGGAGCCCCGGAGCCGCAACAGCAGCGUCCCCGGGGAGAACCUGGAGUCCCUGAGCCGGGACCUGGCGGAGAGCGCCGGGCGCUACCGCCGCAAGCUGUGGCGGGAGGCGGAGGGGCUGGAGCUGCCCGCGCUGCUGCCCCCCGCCCCGGGUCUGGCCCCCGAACUGCCGGAGAGCCUGGCUCGCAAGCUGCGGCAGUGGCUGGUGGAGCGGGCUGCCUGCCGCCUCACCUCGGCCUGGGUCGACCUGGGUCCCGUCUUCUGGCCCCGCUGGGUCCGGCACACCGCCUGCGAGACGGGUCCCCCCGGCUGCUCCUGGCCCCCCGGCAUGACCUGCCGCCCCGCGCAGCUCACCCACAUCAAGCUGCUGGCCUGGCACUGCUGGGCGCCCCAGACCCCCGGGCCCCCACACUGCGCCUGGCGGCAGAUCCCCUACCCCGUCGUGUCCGCCUGCAGGUGCUCCUGCCGCUGAGGGAGCUGGGGGGGGACUGCGGAGGGACCCCUGCCCCCGGGAUUGUUCCUGCAGCCGAAUGGCCUGAAGGGGCAAGCGGCUACCUGGAUUCCCUCCUGUGGCCGGUGAGAUUGGGGGGACCCCAAACUAGAGAAAUAAACCACCAGAAGGAAGCAGG